AAGAAAGAAAGGAAUGAGACAUAGAUAAAAGAAACUACCAAAUGGGCUUCACUGUAAUUUCGAGAAAAAAUACAGAGCUGUCAAAAAAAGCCCUAAGUCCGUGGUUCACCCCUCCAACCCUCAUUUCCAGGCCCUUUUUUUUAGCCCUCACGUGAUUGGGGUUAUUUUUUACCCUCACCCCAAUAACCCUCAUUAGUCAUUCCUUUUGGGUUAUGAAGGGGUCAACCGCGGGCUACCCAUUUUUUAUCAUAACCUAAUUUCCUAAUUUUACUUUCUGGUCUUCAUGCGAUUUUGCUUUUAUUUCUUCAAGAAUUGAACGUUCUUCUUCAACCGAUAUUUUUUUUCUUGUUCUUCACAUAGGCUGUUCGAUUGCUCUUCUGACAGAGAGAUUUUUGAUUCUGAAUGGAGUUUACUUGAUUCAGAAGCUGUGGUAACAUAGCGAGCAUUGAGCCAAAUUUUCAUGACUUGUACCUGAAAUUCCUGGAUAAAGUUAAUUCCAAGGCUUUAAACAAAGAGAUUGUCCAGGCAACUUAUGAAAAUUGCAAGGUUCUUUUAGGAUCAGAGCUCAUAUCUAGGGAGCUGGCUUGGGAAGUUAACAAUUGGCCGGAACCAAGUUCUGAGGGCUCGUGAAAUAGACCCAAAAUCUUUGAUUAUAGAGUUUUCAAGGUGAGCGAGCUAUGGGCUUGGUCGCUUGGACAUGCUUUUAGUUGAGUGAAGGUGGCGAUGGAGGUGGAGCAGAAUCUGCAACCCCUAUUUCCCUAUUGGAAGCCGCUUCUUCGAAGAUUCCGACCUGAUUCUCCUUUCUUCGCUCCGGGAAACCUCGAACGUGAACUUCUUGCUAAACAGGUUGCAUUGGAAUUAACAGAAAAGAAGGAACAGCCUGAGAAUUGGAUACAAGAGGAUGGAAGGGAAGUCUUUUGUCCCAUUGUUGGUUGUGGAGCACGCUUGACUUCAAUGGAGGACUUUGAAGAUCACUAUAAUGCAAGGCAUACUGCAUCCUGUUCUGUGUGUUCCAGAGUCUACCCAACAUCGCGUCUGCUCAGCAUACAUGUUUCUGAAGUGCAUGAUUCUUUCUUUCAGGCAAAAGUUGCACGUGGCUAUGAUGUGUAUGAAUGCUUAGUGGAAGGGUGUGGUUUGAAAUUCAAAAGCUACAAAAGUAGGCAGCAGCAUCUGGUUGACAAGCAUAAAUUCCCUGCCUCAUUUGAGUUUUGUAAGAAGGCUCGGCCUUCAAAGAAACACAGGCUGAAGUCGCAUCGAAAACAAGCUGCUCAUAAGGAUGAUGUUUCAGGAUUGAUGGAAGUGGAAAAUGCACCCAUAGAUGACCUUGUUUCAGCUGUCUCUAAAUUGAGCACUUCUGAUUCCACUCCUUCAUCUAUCAGCUUUGGGCGCCGCCACAAAGGCUUGUCAUUUGUCCCUCGAGCUGUUCAGCGUGGAAGUGGAUCAAACUCAGCAUCGUCCAUGACAAAUUGAUAAUAAGCUUGCACUCAAACCAAUCUGCAUGCUUAAUUGCUAAAUAAUGAAUCUUCAAAUGCUGCCCCAUUAUGAAAUCCCUGUGGAUGUCUUCUGUUCAAAGGUUGAAGAAGCUGAAUAUGUUGAAGAUUGGUAAAUAUAAUCAUGCUGGAGGAUGUUACAGCAUGUUAGUAUUAUCUUUUUGUGCUCCCACUUGGGGCCCUAAGUUUUCCUAACAUAGGCAAUGUGCCCAUGCGAAUAUCUCUGACACAUGAUGUGGAGAUUUUGAGCUCCUGUUUAGUUUGAUAUUGUAAUGUUAACUUCUCACCUCUUUACUGAAGAGCCACUUUGUGAUUAGAGUUGAAAGAAAUCACUCUUACAGCUUGUCAUAUCAUUGUAGCUUCGAAUGAACAUCAAGUUUGCAAACGGUGAUGGCUUCCUAUUUACAAGUAUUGUCAUUUGUACUCUUGUUAACUUUAGUGAUUACUGAAUAGCACCCGUAUAGGGAUCUGAGAUUUUUACUUUU